AUUUGUAUCAGCCCACCUAAAAUAGAAUCACUUCCGGGCCAAGCCUACUUUUGUCGUUCAUUCAGAAAAAUAAAAAUGGCGUCGAAACGUGGGAUGGACUCGAUGGUCCAAAUUGUGCAAAUUGAUGGUUUGGUGGUGCUGAAACUGAUCAAGCACAGCCAAGAAGAGGGAGCUGGGGGCACAGAUUUAGUUCAAGGUGUUCUGCUUGGUUUGGUAGUUGAUAACAGAUUGGAGAUUACCAACUGCUUUCCAUUUCCCAAGCACAGCGAGGAUGAGGACUUUGAAACAGUUUCUGUGCAGUACCAGAUGGAAAUGAUGAGAAACUUGCGGCAUGUGAAUGUUGACCAUCUCCAUGUAGGCUGGUACCAAAGUACAUAUUUUGGUUCUUUUAUCAAUAGAGCUCUGUUGGACUCACAGUUCAAUUAUCAGCACUCCAUUGAAGAGUCUGUUGUGCUUAUUUACGACCCUCUUCGCACCACCCAAGGAUUUCUGUCACUGAAAGCCUACCGCCUGACGCCGGCAAUGAUGAAGUUCUACAAGGAAAAUGACUUCAGCCCGGAGAACAUGACGAAGCACAAUAUUAACUUUGACAGCAUGUUUGAAGAGAUCCCCAUUGUGCUGAGAAACUCCCACCUGGUCAACGCUCUCCUGUGUGAACUGGCAGAAAAGACGAGGAAAGAACAAAAAUUCUCUUCACUUGAUCUAGGCACAAGUUCAAUGUUGGAGAAGAACAUGCGUCAGCUCAUGGAGUGUGUGGAUGAUGUUGCCAUGGACACCAACAAGUAUCUGAAUUUCCAGAGGAAUAACUUCCGACAACAGCAAGCUAAGCAGCAGUUCAUUAUGAAGAGGGAGCAAGAGAACCUCCAGCGAAAACAGCGUGGGGAGCCACCCCUUCCGGAGGAAGACCUCAACAAGAUGUUCAAGCCUCAGCCUGCGCCCCAGCGGCUGGACUGCACCCUGGUUGCUGGUCAGAUGAACAACUACUGUAAACAGGUGUGCGAGUUCGCCUCUCAGAGCUUGGGCAAAUUGUUCAUGGCGGAGACGAUACACGACGAGAAUGUCAGUUAACAGCUGUGGGGUUUUAGUGAGCAAGAGGGACAUGUGUAGUUUGGUUUGGCAUGUAGAAAUGUCUUCAGCCUACAUGCCUCUAUAUGUACAGCAAUCGUAUUCUAUUUUAUUUCUUUGAAGUUUCCAGAAGAUAUAGACAAGUUCUAAUUCAAAUGAAAAUCCUUUGUGUCAAAAAUUUUGUUCAGUAUUGCAAAGGGGAAUUUCAGAUGUUUUUUGUCUGUGGCAAAAUGUCACGCUAUCAUUUGGUAUUUGACACAUUUUAAAAAUUAAAAAUCAAUCAAAACAUUUGGGAUGCUAGCAAGUCACUUCAGGGCUGGGUUUAUCGUCUUGACAUAUGUAUUAGAAAAAAAGCAAAAACUAAUAAAAAUCAUAAAACUCAGAA